GCCGCGCUGCCGCACGUGUGUUCGUCACAUCAUGGAGUUUGAGGGCUGCAGCUGCUUCAGACAGAGGCUCGUGCUGUCCACAGUGAGUGGAAAACGAGUGAAAAUCAGAAACAUUAGAUCAAAAGAUGACAACCCGGGCCUGCGAGAUUUUGAAGCCAGCUUCAUUAGAUUACUGGACAAGGUGACCAACGGCACCAGAAUUGAAAUCAAUCAAACAGGAACGGUGCUCUUCUAUCAGCCCGGGCUGCUGUACGGAGGGUCUGUGGAACACGAGUGUAACGUCCAGCGGUCGGUGGGAUAUUACCUGGAGGCGCUGCUGAUGUUGGCCCCGUUCAUGAAGAGCCCCCUCAGAGCUGUGCUGAAGGGCGUCACCAAUGACCCUACGGAUCCCUCUGUGGACCUUCUGAAGGUGACCGCUCCUCCUCUGAUGAAGAGGUUUGGCAUUGAUGGAGAUGGUUUAGAAAUAAAGGUGGUGAGGAGGGGCAUGGCUCCAGGCGGAGGUGGUGAGGUGCAUUUCUCCUGUCCGGUGCGUAAAUCCCUGAAACCCGUCCAGCUGACAGAGCCCGGAAAAAUCAAGAGGAUCAGAGGAACAGCAGUGUCCGUGCGAGUUUCUCCUCAGAUGGCCAACAGAAUCGUGGACUCUGCCAGGAGCGUCUUAAAUAAAUUUAUCCCGGACAUUUACAUCUACACGGACCACAUGAAGGGGGUGAACUCUGGGAAGUCUCCGGGGUUUGGCUUGAUUCUGGUGGCAGAAACGGUGAACGGGAUGUUUUUCAGCGCUGAGGUCAUGUCCACGCCGCAGGGUCAGGGCGAUCAGAUUCUGCCUGAGGAUCUGGGCAAGAAAUGUGCCAAACUGCUGCUGGAGGAGAUCCACAGGGGUGGCUGUGUGGAUUCAACCAAUCAGAGUUUGGCUCUGUUAUACAUGACGUUAGGACAACAAGAUGUUUCCAAAGUUCUUCUAGGACCCCUCUCGCCCUACACAAUCGAGUUUCUCAGACACAUCCGAGACUUCUUUCAGAUCAUGUUUAAAAUAGAGCCGCAGAAACCCGGAGAUGAGGAACGAACGGGAGGAGAGAAAGUUCUGAUGACGUGUGUUGGAGUAGGAUACAGUAACAUCAGCAAACCCCUCAAAUAAAAACUCCAAACAUCAUCUUCUUAUACUGAACAAACUCACAGAGAGAAUGCUUAUUUGUUACACUUUUCUAUGAUUUUAGUAUUUGACUGAAGAGUCGUUUCCAGAUGUGUACAUGAAUGAAAAUGGCUUCAGUGGAGUUUUGCCUGUUGUUCCUCAAUUGAUUUUCAAAUUGAAAUGUGAAGAAUAAAAAAAGCGUGACAGCCUUGA